CGUUGUUCACCCCUUCUUGUGCGAACAGACACGGCUGUAAACAGAGAAUUCAGUAAGUGAAUGGAGCUCUGAAAUGUGCCUUAAUGACCACGUUGUCAACUUACUGUUUUACUACUGGCACAGUAACUAAAACCCAAAUGGUUAUGGAUGUGGGUUACCGGCGGUCCGACUGGUGGCUUUCAGAGUUAGUUCAUUGUCAGUUCGUGCUUUUGGGAGGUGCGGGGCGCUAGUGAGCGACUGCAUCAGUCUAAGACAGUACGUCUGUUGAGGUGCGGGGAGAGAGAAGAGAUAUCACCCUGGAAAAAGCUAUGCGAAGGGCUGAUUCUCCAUAAAUCUCCUGCGAUCUGCGGUGGGAAUUGGCGAGCAGAGCUUAUUCUGCGCUACCCGUAUCCCAGUUAUUAGGUGUGUGCCCCCCACCCCACACCCACCACGGCCCUCACCUGUGUGCUGCGGUGCUUCCCCUGCGAGCCGUCCUGGGCCGGCAGCCCCUUUUUGCACCGCCCCCCCCAGCCCACCUCCUGUCAGCAUGACCCGCUCCAAGACCUUCCAGGCCUACCUGCCCAGCUGUCAUCGCACCUACAGCUGCAUCCACUGCCGGGCUCAUCUGGCCAACCACGAUGAGCUCAUCUCCAAGUCCUUUCAGGGAAGCCAGGGCAGGGCGUAUCUCUUCAACUCCGUGGUUAACGUUGGCUGCGGACCGGCAGAGGAGAGAGUUCUGCUCACUGGUCUCCACGCUGUGGCAGAUAUCUACUGCGAGAACUGCAAGACCACCCUGGGCUGGAAAUACGAACAUGCCUUUGAGAGCAGCCAGAAGUACAAAGAGGGCAAGUUCAUCAUCGAGCUGGCCCACAUGAUCAAAGACAAUGGCUGGGACUGAAGCGAGGCCAUCCAGAGGAGGGAGGGGGCCCGGCGUGUGGAUGAGUGCGUCACUUUGGUUUGGUCUAACCUCUGUUUUCUCUCUGACCCGCUCCUAUACCCUGACAGUCACCGAUAAAUCUCACCCACUCCUUUCCUGAUCACAGGGUGCUAUGGGGUAAGGCUGUGGCCAAUGCCCAAAGGAGCUGGGGAAUGUAGGUUCUGCCCCCUGGGUGGCAGUGAUUGAGGACGAGUUUGGCCAGGUGAGGGGUGUAGCUGGGCGGCCACGGGAAUUCUCCACAGAUACAUACACCCCCUGGCGGAGCAUGGGUCCCCAGCCUGGGUGUCGUUUUACUGAAACGGGAAUCAUUCAUCACCCAGCCAGUGGAGGAGGUGCUAACUUACCCCUCAGCGAGGUUGGAUGCAGCUGGGGGGCCCCUAUAUGGUGCUGGGCCCCCUCAAUCUGCCAGGGUAUCCAUGCCCCUCCGACGCCCCUGGAUGUACGAGGCAGGGGCAUCAUGGGAGGCCCUCCCAGCCACCAUGAGGUGCAUCGCUUUGCACAGCCAGGAUAUCCGUUCCAGUUUUAGCGGCAGUCAGGGCCAGUCAUUGAUACACCCUGCUGAAAUGUGACUGUGUGCUUCUUCCGGUCUGGCCAUUCGCGCGACCACACGUGACUCCAAAUCUGGGAUGUAUCAGAUCAGCCAGUUUUAUUUCUGCAAAUUAUUCUGCUUUGAUUCAGUGGCGCAGAACUGGUAUCGAACAUUGAGAAGAUAACUAACCGUGAGUUAAAAGUAAAUUUGCACAACGUAGAGGCAGUCAAGUGGUGGUAAGGGAGCCACCUUGACACCUUCUCACUAAUAACAGUGAUAACAACCAGUGAGAAAUACGACAGCCUUGAGUUUAAAGAAAUACCGUCCACUAGUAGCCAUGGCCACAUGACUCACAGUGGAGAUGCCCAAUCAGAGGCUGUUAAAAGCCCGGCAGCAACCAAAGAACCCACCCAUCUACAGUUAGUUGACCAAACGAAUGGCUUCCUUUUAUGUGUGGGCAAAAUUACAGAUUGUGAUUGGCUGGAGCGUUGUUUGUCGUUGGCCCUUUCUCUGGAAUGUAUCACACUGCUUUUGUAAAUUACAGGUGUUAAUAUAUAUAUAUAUAUAUAUAUAUAUAUAUUCAUUGAACAUGGGCAUCAUACUAUGUUUUGUGUAUAAAUAACUCAUUUGUUUUUAUUUUUGAACUGUAUCGGUUAUUUUCGUUUUCUUUGUGCUUUAAGUCCUUCGGGGGCCAUAGUGUUUACUCUUGUUUUGUUUUCUACUCUGGAAACGUGUCAGUUCUUUUGUAAACGGGAGAUGUUGAUGGUGUGAGCGAAUUUCAUCAAUAAAGACUCUUGAUUCCUCA